UCCAAAACCAUCAACAGUUGAGCAUUUCCAGAGAAGACAAAACCACCGCUUUGAAGUUUGAACUUAAGAAAAGCUCACACCUUUCUUUCUUCAGCCACCGGAAUCCGCAUUCUCUUUUGAUUUGGAAAUAGUUUAACGCUGGCAAAUUCAACAGCUGUAACUAGAAGGCUGCAGUUCUUGCUAAGGUGUUUGGGGGGUUACGCUGGGAAAGCUAAGAAUUGUGGCUAUCAGAAUACUAUUAGAAUGCAGUCUGUAGUGAGCAUUGGGGCUAGCUUGGAGGUCGAUGCUGUCAGCGUUUUAAGAUCAAUAACCCCAAAUCUCGAGUCAACUAAGUACAAAGGCCAAGCUGGUAAGAUAGCUGUUGUAGGUGGGUGUCGUGAGUACACUGGGGCGCCAUACUUUUCUGCUAUUUCAGCAUUGAAAAUUGGGGCAGAUUUGUCUCAUGUAUUUUGCACAAAAGAUGCUGCUCCAGUUAUAAAAAGCUACAGUCCUGAGUUAAUUGUACAUCCUAUUCUAGAAGAAUCUUACAGCAUUAGGGAUGAGGAUAAAAGCUCUAUAUCAGCCAAAGUGAUUGCAGAGGUGGAUAAAUGGAUGGAGAGAUUUGAUUGCCUAGUUAUUGGUCCAGGCCUCGGAAGGGAUCCAUUUCUCCUGGACUGCGUGAGUAACAUCAUAAAGCAUGCACGAGAUUGUGAUGUCCCAAUGGUUAUAGAUGGGGAUGGACUCUUUCUUGUUACAAAUUGUCUUGAUCUGGUUAGAGGCUAUCCUUUGGCUGUGCUGACACCCAACAUAAAUGAGUAUAAACGUCUUGUUCAAAGUGUGCUAAAUUCUGAAGUUAAUGAUGAAAAUGGAACUGAACAAUUAAAAUCACUUGUUAAUGGGAUUGGUGGCGUGACAAUUUUACGGAAAGGAAAAUCUGAUUUAAUCAGCGAUGGUAAAACAGUUAGUUCAGUGUGCAUAUAUGGCUCCCCUCGACGCUGUGGUGGCCAGGGUGAUAUACUUUCAGGAAGCGUUGCUGUAUUUCUAUGUUGGGCACGCCAGCAAGCUGCUGCUAAGGGAGAAUCGGUCACGAAUCCUACAAUACUAGGGUGUAUCGCUGGCUCUGUGCUACUGAGAAAUGCGGCAGCCCUUGCAUUCAAGAACAAGAGGAGAUCCACACUCACUGGGGAUAUCAUCGAGUGCCUGGGACAAAGCUUGGAGGAGAUAUGUCCAGUCCUCUGAGAGACCACUCAAUAAGUCAUCUGGUAGAGUUGUGGUGUUGUAAAUGUAACUUCUGCCUUCAAUAAUAAGCUGUUUGAUGAAACUAAAUAUAAGAGCAAUCAAUAAAAUAAGGCAUAUUGCUGAAAGAAAUUCUAAA